AUGGAGGAGCGCGGCGAGUCCCAGCCGACCGCGGGCUGCGGCGAUGUGCGCCGGGAAGACGAUCGCGGCGGCGGCAGCGCCCACCCGUGGGCCCCCGAGGACGCCUGGAUGGGCACGCACCCUAAGUAUUUAGAAAUGAUGGAAUUAGAUAUAGGAGAUGCCACCCAAGUUUAUAUAGCGUUCUUGGUUUACCUGGACCUCAUGGAGAGUAAAAGCUGGCAUGAAGUAAACUGUGUGGGAUUACCCGAUCUCCAGCUCAUCUGCCUUCUUGGUACUGAAAUAGAAGGAGAAGGGUUACAGACUGUGGUACCUACGCCCAUCAGUGCUUCCCUCAGCCAUAACAGGAUAAGGGAAAUCUUGAAGGCAUCUCGAAAAUUGCAAGGUGAUCCCGACUUGCCCAUGUCAUUUACUUUGGCCAUAGUGGAGUCCGACUCUACAAUAGUCUACUACAAACUCACUGAUGGAUUUAUGCUGCCAGAUCCUCAGGUCAGUUUGGAGAAUAUUUCCCUUAGAAGAUGA